AUGGAUAACUACAAGUCUACAGAGUCCCAUAGAUCCCAGGUUGAAAAACAAAUUAUGGUUGAGCUGGAACACGGUAAUUAUGUACUUUUCAAGACCGACAUAGUCUACAGUGAUGAUAAAUCCGCUGUUUCAUGGAUUAAUAAGGGAACCUCCAAAAACCCUUUUAUUAUGACUAUAUAUCGGUUAUUAUUUUGGAUCUGCGACUUAACUGCUAUAUACAUUACAGGUGGUUUAAUUCAGGAACUCGAAUUAAAGGCCAAAGUGUUCAAAAACAAGGCAUGGGCUAGUUCAACAAUAGCUACUUAUUAG